AUGAGCACUUUCAACCACUCCUUCGUCAUCAACGCGGCCACCGAACAAGCUCACGAUGAAGCCGUACGCAGUUGGGAGGUAGCUUAUGCCUUCGAAGCCACCCAGCAAGUCUUCAACCCCGAACGAUCGGUCUUUGGAUCAGACCCAUUUCCUGAUGGCAAAAUCCCAAGUCUUGGCUUGAGGCUUGACGAGGCUUCACUCUUCGCCGAGCCGAAACUGAAACCUCAAGGGAAAGUUCCCUUUAAAGAAGAGAAGAACGCAGUCUCUGAUCGAGCAGCUGUUGGUAUUGCUGCGUUGAUGCUUUCUCAAAAAUGGGGCAACAAAGACCUCAUGGAAGCCGCAACACGCCAGAAAGACAUUCUCCUCAAUGAAGCUCCUCGCUACAGCAAUGGAGCCAUCAGCCAUGUAUUUGGCGAACCCCAGCUUUGGUCCGAUGCUAUCGCUAUGUUCCCUCCCUUCUUGGCCUACUACGGAGUCGCCACCGAGGAUCUUGAUCUCAUACGGGAAGCUGUGCGGCAAAUCGCUCUGUACAGAGACGUCUUGAGGAUCAGCGCUGGCCGAACGAAGGGUUUGUGGAGACAUGUCGUUGGCUCGACUGAAGACGCUGACGAAGGUGCCUGGUCGACCGGCAACGCCUGGGUUGCGUAUGGCAUGGCAAGGGUGAGGGCCACCAUCACUGCUUGGCCAACCAGCAACGCAGCGCUAUCCAAAGAAAAGAACGACCUGGAUACCUGGAUCGCCGAAAUUCUCAGCGGUGCAGUGAUCACGGACGAUGACAGCUCGGGCUUGCUGAGAAAUUAUCUGGGCGACAGCACCUGGAGCGGCGAGACCUCUGGUACUGCGCUCCUUGCAGCAGCAGCAUACCGAAUGGCUCUCCUCAGACCUGAAAUCUUCGCCAAGGAUACCUACCUCGACUGGAUGCAUCGCAAGCGAAGAGCUGUUAUUCAACGAGUUGACAAUCAAGGUAUUGUCAGGCCUGCGGUUAAUCCAUUAAAGCCGAAGUCCAAGACUCCCUUCACUGGAGUCAGCCCUGAAGGAGAGAGCUUCUUGCUUCUACUUUCUACCGCUUGGCGAGACUGCAAAGACACCGGUGCAAGAUUCAAGAAAGAAGCACAACCACAAAAGGAACCAGUCGAAAACCCCGGCGCCAACGCUCAGGAACGUGCAUUCUUCUACAUUCAAGGAGUUCAAAGGGAGAUCGAAGAUUUCGUCAAGCCAUACUUGAAGCCAUUUGCACCGCUGCUCGACUAUCUUGCUCCGCCGUGA